AUGAAGUUGAUCCGGCUAUGGAUGGUUGAAAGGUUCGUAGAAGAGAAACAAGGCAUUACCUUGGAAGAAGUAGCAGAGGAGUACCUUAAUCAACUUGUGAAUAGGAGUUUGAUUCAAGUGGUGGAGAUGGAUUAUUUCAGUAGGGUCAGGACUUGUCGUGUUCAUGAUCUCAUGCGAGAAAUCAUUCAAUUGAAAUCUCAGGAGGAAUCGUUCGUCAUGAUAGCAAAUGAAAGGAACAUCAGCUCAAAUGAGAAAGUUCGACGUUUAUCAAUCCAUGGCAACUGUGAGGAAGUACAAUCAGAGAUGAGACUCCCUUAUCUUUGGUCUCUAUUAUCAUUUGUUUCAGAUCGUUCUUUUACCUUAUCUGAGCAUGGUUUUCACAGCUUUAAAUUAUUAAGAAUAUUGGAACUAGAAGGUGCACCUCUUUCCAAAUUCCAGCCUGAAUUGGUCGAACUGAUUCAUUUGAGAUACUUGAGUUUGAGAAGGACGAUGAUAAGGGAGAUUCCAGAGUCCAUAAGGAAGCUCAAGAACUUAGAAAUACUGGAUUUGAAACAAAGUCUUGUAUCUUCUUUGCCUGUUGGUAUCUUACAGUUGAAAUGUCUUUGCCAGCUCCGCAACUAUCGAUACAAUUUCCAGUCUUCAAUGUUCUUCGCAGACUCUCAUGGAAUGAGAGUUCCAUCUGGAAUAGGAGCAUUGACUAGCCUGCAGAAAUUGGGAUGUGUCGAAGUGAGUGAUGACCAUGAGUUAGUCAGGGAGUUGGGAAAGUUAACUCAGUUGAGAAGGUUGGGCAUUUUAAAGCUAAGAGAAGAGCAUGGAAUGGAUCUAUGUUAUACUUUGGACAAGCUGAAACACCUCAGUUCAUUGUACAUUGUUUCAGUAGAUAGUACUGACUUUUUACAUUUAGACUCUCUUACUUCUCCCCCAAAAUAUCUCCAGCGUCUGUACCUCAAAUGUAGUUUGUCAACUUUACCAGGAUGGAUUGCCUCUCACCAAUAUAUUUCCAAGCUAGUGCUUCAAUAUUCGAAUUUGCAGAGCGACCCACUGAAAGCUCUCCAGCACUUGCCGAGCUUGGUCGAGCUUGAUCUCCGCCAAGCUGUUAUGGUCCCGAGUUACGAAUCUCGUUAUGGGUCGAGUAACGGGGAAAUCAACUAG